AUGAAUACGAUUUCUGAUAAUAAUAUUUACGAUUUUAAUUGUUUACAUCAAAGUGAAAAGAAUGAAGAUCUUGAACAAAGUGAUGGUGGUCGUAAACCUGGGCAUGGAGGACACCAUGGAUCACAUCGUCCUGAACAUGGUUCAAUCGAAUGCGGAGAACAUGGCAAACAUCUAGGUCACCCAGGAAAACAUCCAAAUCGUCCAUGUCAUCAUGGACCACAUACUUUUCGUCCAACAAGCUCUACAUUAGCGUAA